UGGAGGUGUGGAUGGAGGCGAAACUUUGAUCAAACUAGCGUUCGUCGAGAAGUUUCUCUUUCUUUUUAUUGCCAAUCAUAAUCUUCUGGCUUGGGAGCAUGUCCGGUUUGUUUAUGACGAAGAAAAGGCUCCGUUUACACAAUGGCGACAACAACACCGCUGUUGUUCCUAUGACAUGACAGCAGAGCCGAAAACUUCAGGAGCCAAAGUUUGAGCAACAACUUCGUCCUAACUAUUUCAGUUAUUAACGUUAAAGGGGGAAAACGGCCGCAACAAUGGAAAACAUUGCUUUGUUUUCGAUUUGGGCAUUUGUUUUAAGUCUCAAUUUCGGAGCGACGGACUGUUACUUUUCAAUACCGCUGAAAAUUUACCCGGGGAAAUAUAAUUUCACCGCUGAGGCCAAUUUGUCUUCUGUCCGGGUGGUAGCGCUGAAAUCAGAUGGAGAAGGUCUCUCUCUGGCCUCUGAUCCAAGCGGUACGGUCAACUUUCUGGACAUGGUCGACAACCUGCAAGGGGACUCUGGAAGAGGCUACUACAUAGAGAUGGCUAUUGGCACUCCUGGCCAAAAGCUCAACAUCCUGGUGGAUACAGGCAGCAGUAACUUUGCUGUGGCUGCUGCUCCACACCCAUUCAUUACGCGCUACUUCAACACUGCACUCUCUAGUACCUUCCAGUCAACUGGUCGCUCAGUAGCUGUCAGGUACACACAAGGCAACUGGGAAGGUGUUCUGGGAACUGAUCUCGUCUCCUUGCCCAAGGGCCCUAAUGGAACCAUUGCUAUCAACAUUGCCGCCAUCCAGUUAUCAGACGGCUUCUUCUUACCUGGAAUCAACUGGCAAGGCAUCCUGGGGCUGGCCUACCCAGUGCUGUCACGGCCCGACUCCUCCGUGGAGCCGUUCUUCAACUCUGUGGUGAAGCAGCUGGGAAUUCCCGACACGUUUUCUCUGCAAAUGUGCGGGGCUGGACUGUCAGCCAGCAGCGCAGUCGACCCUCCUGCUGGCAGUCUUAUAAUGGGUGGAGCUGAACCAACUUUGUACAAAGGGUCGAUUUGGUACACGCCUAUUGUAGAGGAGUGGUACUACCAAGUGGAAGUUUUGAAACUGCAAGUUGGAGACCAGAGUCUGAAUCUGGAUUGUAAGGAGUAUAACGCAGAUAAAGCCAUAAUUGACAGCGGGACGACAAUGCUGAGACUUCCUAUCAAUGUCUUCAAUGCGGUGGUUGAAGCCAUCACACGCAGCUCUCGGAUCGAGAAUUUCUCUUCAGGGUUCUGGGAUGGCACCAAGCUUGCAUGCUGGAAGAAGGACGAGAACUCCAUGGAGGUUUUCCCAAAUCUUUCAAUUUACCUGAGAGCCACCAACACCAGUCAGUCUUUCCGCAUUACCAUCCUGCCUCAGCUUUACAUCCAGCCGAUCGCAGACACAGAAGACGACCUGGAAUGCUUCCGUUUCGGUAUUUCCCCAUCAUCGAACGGCCUGGUGAUCGGCGCCACUGUUAUGGAAGGUUUCUAUGUUGUGUUCGACCGCACCCAGAAGAAACUGGGCUUCGCACUCAGCAGCUGUGCAGUGAGUGACGGAGAGCCUCUCUCAGAGAUCGCGGGGCCCUUUUCAGCAGCAGACGUGGCAGCAGACUGCUCCGGCGGCAUGCUGAAGGAGCCCGUCAUGUGGGUGAUCUCCUACGCCCUGGUGGCAGUCUGCGCCCUGAUCCUCAUCGGCCUGCUGCUGCUGCUGCUGCCCUGCAGGCACCGUGACCGCGGGGAGAUCACAGACGAGUCCUCACUGGUGCGGCAUCGCAUCAAGUGACUGCGGGGAAACGGACGGGCGAGCACGGUCAAAAGACUGGGAGACAGCGGACAGAGCCCGUCCAGAGCUGUGGAGUAGAGGGUGGAGGUCAGUUUGCACUGAUCAGCCAUGCUGAAUAAGAAUGAUUUUAGGCUGGACUCAUAAGCUUAUUAGCCCACGGAGGUAGACGGACAGUUGAGCUGCCUCUUAAAGGGAAAUUCCACCUAAAAACAGCUGAUAAAAAAAAAAGCCUAAAACAGCUGCUAGAGCUGAAUGUGUGCUCCAGUGGUUUAAUUUUUCUUCCUCUUACUUCUAAUCAAACAAAGUGAACAGUGUCUAGAUGAAAGGAGGACUCACUGACUAUGGCUUUUAUGAACCUCAAUGCAGUGAAGUCUUGUGGUUAUGGCUCAUUUUUUCCCUAAUGGGAAGAUGAAUACACUAAGAGUGUGUUCUCACCCUCUACAUCUCAAAUGAACCAAGUUAUUUGGUAAAAUGUAGGACAGAAAAUAUGAAGCUCCGCCAAACUAUAAAGUAUCCUGUCUCUUUGCUGCACAUCAACACAGCCAUGAGUAUUAUCAGACAAAAGUAAGGAGAACGAGGAGCACCUUUAGACCCUUCUGUGUUUUAUUAUUUAAGGGACGUAUAUUUUAAAAUUCAGUGACGAUUAUCUACAACAAAUCUUCCUUUUUGCAGUUUACAACCCUUAUGCCAAUUCUUUGAUUUGAUUGUUGGGGCUUUUGUAUGCUGACUCUCCACUCUUAAGUGGGGCAAAAUGAAAGUUUGUGGAAAUAAAGCUGCUCAGAUAACCAUUGGUAGUGCUAUUAAUACUUUAAAACAACAGGUUUACGUUGCCUGCAGUGCUUUUGUUUCUUAGCUCUUCUCAAACUGAUAAAUCGUAUCAGCAGGUUAAGAUUUACUCUGCUGAAGUGCACUUUGUUUCCAAAGCUGAUCAACAGUAUAAUACAAAGCGACAGAUCAAUGUCUAUGUUAUACGAUUUUUUUUGUAUUAUGAUUUUUGUAAAUCUGUACAUUUUCAGAUUUAUGUUUGAGUUUAUUUUGGGGUUUUUUGCGCUAUUAUUUCUAAUCCCGUAGCCUAAUAUCAAAGGCUGUUUCUAUACAGCACAUUUUGUUUUACAAAGCAAGAAGUAUAUGUGAAGGAUUCCUGAAGUGCAUAAGUUGGAAAAACAUCUCAUCAUUCUGGGUAGGACUAUUUUUAGCAGUCUUGUAAAUCUGACUUGAUGGCUUCCAAAUAAAAAGUCUUUGCACAUCAGCCAGAUUAAUGCUACACAAGACGUCUCACCAGUAAAGCUGGGGAGGAGAAAAAAACAGUGUGGAAUAAUGUAGAUUUAAACUUCAGUGAGUUGUCCUGAGCUGUACACUCUUACUGUCUUACUAAUGUUGCCCAAUGUCUGAACCCUGAACAUGUAAAACUUUAUUUCGACGUACACAUGAACUGUUCAUUUAUUUAACUGUGUAUGCUUUUAGUGCCAAACGUUGUAACUGUGUUGUACAUAAAAUCAUUUGAGACAAAUCAAUCAUUUUAAAUUAAAAAAUAUUUUGGGAGCCAAAGACA